AUGUGCAACGCGAGCCAAGCCAGCUGGAGCUGCCUUGUGGACUCCAGGGUAGACCACCUCUUCCCGCCCACCCUGUACAUCGUCGUCAUCACGGUGGGGCUGCCCACCAACUGCAUGGCGCUCUGGGCGGCCUACCUGCAGGUCAGGCAGAAGAACGAGCUGGGCGUCUACCUGAUGAACCUGUCCAUCGCGGACCUGCUCUACAUCGCCACGCUGCCCCUCUGGAUCGACUACUUCCUCCACUACGACAACUGGAUCCACGGGCAGGAAUCCUGCAAGCUGUUUGGGUUCAUCUUCUACACCAACAUCUACAUCAGCAUUGCCUUCCUCUGCUGCAUCUCGGUGGACCGCUACCUGGCCGUGGCACACCCCCUGCGCUUUGCCAAGUUCCGGAGGGUCAAGACUGCGGUGACCGUCAGCCUGGUGGUGUGGACCAUCGAGAUCGGGGCCAACUCAGCCCCGCUGUUUCACAACGAACUCUUCCACGAUCGCUACAACCACACCUUCUGCUUCGAGAAGUACCCCAUGGAGGAGUGGGUGGCCUGGAUGAACCUCUACCGGGUCUUCAUCGGCUUCCUCUUUCCCUGGAUGCUGAUGCUCUGCUCCUACCAGGGGAUCCUAAGGGCCGUGCGCGGCAACGUCUCCACCGAGAAGCAGGAGAAGGCGAAGAUCAAGCGCCUCUCGCUCAGCCUGAUCGCCAUCCUCCUCUUCUGCUUCGGCCCCUACCACCUCAUCCUGCUCUCCCGCAGCACCGUCUACCUGAGCAGGCCGUGCGACUGCAGCUUUGAGGAGAAGAUGUUCGUGGCUUACCACACUUCGCUGGCUUUCACCAGCCUGAACUGCGUGGCGGAUCCCAUCCUCUACUGCUUUGCCAACGAAGGUGCCCGAAGCGAUGUGGCCAAGGCCCUCUCCACCUUGGUGCGCUUCCUCACCAGCUCCAAGCCCCAGGAGAUGGCCAGUGCCUCGCUCACCCUCGACACCCCUCUUUCCACCAAGAAGAGCAUCUUCUGCCGGCAGCCCUUGGCCUUCCCGCUGCCGCCCUCCUCGCAGGCUGGCGGGUUGGGGAUGGGAGACGAGGAUCUCCCCAUGAAGAUCCUGACUUUUAAGCAGUGA